AUGAAAAAGAAAGAAGAUAUCACAUUGAAAAAUUUGAUGAUUAAAGGGAUGCAAUUCGGAAAUGGAAAAAGUGUAUGAAGUAAUUAGGAAGAAAAACACCAUAAAACAUGAUGAUACAGUAACAAGCAAUGAAGAAGAAACUCUAGAAAAAACAGAUACUAAUGGAGAAGAGUUUGAAUCUGAAUCGAUAGAAGAAUCCUCUCCUGAAGAAACUAAUGAAAACUCAUCAAUUGAAAGUGAAUCAUAUGAAAGCUAUGAAGAAAGCAUAUCAGAAGACAGUGGCAGUGAACUUUACUCUGAUGAUUUUGAUUCAGAAUCACAUAUACAAGCACAUGCUGAGCCUUCUAUUACACAAUCAGGCUCUAAAGAAAGCUUCCAGCAAGACUCUUUAAAUUUUCCAUUAUCUACAACUCAGGCGAAAUUUAUGAUUUCCUCAUCAGCAGAGCCUGUUAAAAAUUCUUUUCAGAGAGAAGUUUCUGAACAAAUUAAAAAUAUUCAAAAUUCAAUAAGCAGACGAUCUAAUGAAAAGCGAAAGAAAAAGCAUCACAUUAGACAAGAACUGCUUAAAGCUUUCCAAGAAACACAAAACCAGCAGCCAGGCAAAGAUUCCCCAUCUGAAUUCCACCAGACCUAUACCCCAAGCUUCGGCGAAGACAUGAAUGUAUAUACAAGUUUUAAAUCUUUCGGCAAAGAAGUCAACAUUGUCGAAGGAAACGCUGUAAAAGUUUUAACUGAGAUCCACUCACAAGAAGACUCAGAAGAAAGCUCUAAAGGGAACAAGCCAGUUGUUAUACUAGUAAAUAAUGACACAGACUCAAUGCGAGCUGUAAAAUUCAAAAAAUGAGAACAAAAAAAAUUAAAAAGAAUUGAAGAAUUAAAAAAUAGAGAACAAUCAAGAUCGCCAAGCAGAAGUCCACAGCAAAGUCCUUAUGCAAGCCCUAAACCUUUAAAUAGAAAUAUCAAGAUCAGCACUCCUUCUUCAGACAGGAUAAGACGGACGCCGUCACCAAUUAAUUUAAAAUCAGAAGAAGUAAAAAAACUUAUUGAUGAAAAAUAUAAAAGGGAUAAUCACUUGCCAAAAAUUACUUAUAAUAAGUCCUCGAAUAGAAGACUAAUUAGAAGUGCAAUAACAGGAGUCUGCCUAGCUGGGGAUUUCCAUAGAAACCAGAGAGAACUAAUGUUGUCAACUAUAGAUAAAAACAAAGAUACAGAUUUUUUUAUAAUAGUUUUCAAUAGUGUAUUGAAAAGAGAAAUAAGGGCGUUGUACUCUCAUGACCCAUCAUUGGGGGCUGUUAAUAAGCUUUGUGGUCCUGUAAGUUUUCCUCAUUCUUUGACUGGAGAUAUGGUAAAAGUGUUCUAUAAUUUUAAUUCUGGGACAAAAGAGUUCGAAGAGCUGCAAUGCAGCGACUUUAUUUUAGGAACAGACGCUGUUGUGUUAAAAAAUCGGCUAAAACUCCUUAAUUAA